GCGCGACCCUGGCCUACCUGGAGGCGCACCCUGCUGCGGUGCUCAAUGGGUGCAACGAGGCCGAGGACGGGAGCUGCCACGUGAAGGUACCGGCGGUGGAGGUGGAGGGCCUCGGCGUGUUCGUGGCGUCGGACUGCGUGGGCCCCUCCAAGAGCGUCGAGUCCGUCUCUGGCUCGGACUCCCAGCAGUACCAGAAUGCCACCGCCGAGGCGACCGCGGAGGACUACAGCGAGAAGAUCAGCGAGGCGAUCCGCGAGGCGGGCCUCGUGCGGCGGCUGCCUGAUGUACCGCCGUGGCUGCUCGAGGUGCUCAUGCAGGGCAUGCGGAAUGCCCAUUCCUCGUGGUGCGGAUGUGGCAGCCCGUCCGCGCUGCCGUACAUCGUGGCACAGUUCGUGUCUCAG